UCACCAAAAUCAAGAAGUACAGCAACUCGAAGACGCUUCAUGUCUUUACGGAAGAGCCUUUCUAGUAUGAGCCACCAGUGGAUUACCAGCCUUCAGAAGAAAAUGAGAAUUUUUGCCUCAAUAACUCAACACAUUUGGGGACUUUAUGUAUCAGAGAAGAAGCCAGGCUGGAAGAAUCUGUUGCAGCUUUUCACAGUUUGCUGUACUGUUAGCUUCAUCAUAAGCAGCCUCUUACUUCUUGGCUUGUAUUCCUUUAUAGCACACUAUCCUUUGGUUUUCUUAGCAAUUUUUGGAUUCAUCUGGAUUGGCUUGUCUAUUGGGCUGUGUUCCUUCAAGUACAUGCGCUGCUUUGGCACACUGAUUUUUCUUUCUUUCAGCUUGCGGAAUGGUAGAAAUAUACUUAUUACUGCUGGCACUGGUGUUGUGGUAGCUGUUAACAUCCAAAAUAUUUUUCACAACCUAAAGAUGCUGGCAGACAGUAUAACUUGCAAUCUGGAGGCUGAGCAAUUUGCCUUGAUAAAAAAAUAUGUUAAAAUAAUUAAGUGGAUUCAUAAUCAGAUGCUACGUUCAAGUAACCCACUGACAGGAAUAGUAUCACUGAAUGACAAAUUCAAUGCUUCUUACUUAAUUUCAGAUGAAGGUUUGAAAAUGAAGCUAAACAACACAAAACAACAAAUCCAGAGUGUUGCUAACCAGAUAUCUUCUGUACUGGCUAUACAGCUUUCUAUAAGCCAGAGACUGUUGCCUAUUGUAGGAAUUCUUCUGGUUCUUCUUGGCACAUACCUUUUCUUCAGAAAAUUCUUGGGCACUCAGAGAGAGAAGUUUAAAAAUAUUUACAUUACAAAACGGUUCAUUGAAUUUGAGGAGCACCAAAGGCAGCAACAAAGGCCCUGUGUUCUUCCACUCAGUAAAAAAGAAACAAAGAAGUAUGUGAGAAUCCCAUCCCUGUGUCUACAACACAAAGAAAGGAAAAGAAUAGGACGCUUUUUAAUCCCUGCAUUUACUAAUCUUUGCAUCUGGGUUCUGUUUGCAGCAGUAGAUUAUUUGCUUUACUUGCUAAUUUUUUCUGUGAGCAAGUAUCUCCAAGCAUUACCAGAGCUAGAGAUUAAUUUGAACGUCAGUUACCAUAACAAUGAAAACAAGUUUAUUGUCAACAAUGGGAAGCUGAAGACAACAAAUGAUUCCUUUAACAUUUCUCUGUUUAAACGUGAAUGCCUCCCUAAACCAGAGUUUUCACCUUCCUCAACAUGGAUCCCACUUGGAUGCAUCAUUUUUUUUCUAAUAAUAGUUGUGUUAUUCUCCACCACUCUGACACAACUUAAAAUACUUGUGUCAACUUCAUUUUAUCCCAAAAUAGAGAUGGAACGGAUACAUUAUCUGCAUGCAAAACUCCUGAGAAAAAGAUCAAAGUUUCCGCAGAAAAAUGUAAAAAGGAAAUUGAACUCAUUUGCUACAAUGUUCCACUUCUGGUUCCCAGUAUUCAAGGCAUUUGAGAUGGUCAGGAAGAAAGAAAAAGAUACGAUGCACAUGAACAAUGUUUGAAAAAGGCCAAGUAACCUUUUGGAUAAGCUCACAGUUCUUUGGUUCAAUAGGUCUCUGCAUACUGCAUCUGUAUUGCUCCUGCUUUGUUUAAAUAUUUCCAUAAUCUGCUGCUAGUUAAUUUGUAUAUAUAUCUACUGCUGCCAGUUAAUUUGUAUUAUAUAUUAUUUGUGUGUGUAUAUAUAUAUAUAAUUUAAAUAGGUACAAAUAGAUGUCCAAAGUUAUCAGCCUGCAGUAUUUUGGUAAAAUCUGAGAAACAGUAAUAAUAUAAAAUAGCACUUGAGGUCUUCCAGCUUUUCCUGUUAUUUAAUCCAUUUUCAGCUCUGAUUCUUCACUGCCUUGCACCUGUGUGGACACCUAGAGCCUGACUCCCAUGAAUGGGAAGGAUGCUAUACAUUGCAGUGGCAGUAUUACUCUGUAAUUUACAUUUGCACCCACCUUGAAUACCCUGUAUUCUUCUAGUGUGUGCCCCAACUGUAAAAUAUAAAUCAGGCUUUUAGUUUCUAAUUCAACUUUAAGCAUGAGUUGUCCCAUUGAUAUAAAUGACCCUACUGAA